AUGCCUCAGCGCCAGGCCCAGCGGGAGUGCUGCAGCGUGAGGCCCUCUCCAGACCUGGAGAACUGUGUACAACUCAGGGUUCCUCAAUACAAGAAAGACAGGAAUUGCUGGAGAGGGUCCAGCGGAGACCACGAAGAUGAUGAGGGGUCUGGAGCAUCUCUCGUAGCUGCUGGCAUUCCAGUGAAGGAGAGGGUGAAAGUAUCUCAGAACUGGAGGCACGGACGCUGCCGGAGGGAGACAGUCCUGAAAUGGAAAUGCAAUUUGAUGCCGUGGAUGGAGCUGGAUGGCGAGUAUCUCUACCUGUCUCAAGCAGAGAACAUCCAGGCCUACCCCAUCUGUCCAGAGGGUACAGGUUUGCAGCGUCACCCUCAAGCCAUCUUCUCUGGCCACCAGGAGGACGUAUGUCGCUUCGUUCUUGUCAACUCCCACAUCGUCAGCGGAGGGGGGGAUGGAAGUAUUGUCCUUCACAAGAUCCAUGGCUCCUACAGUGUCAAGUUCUCUGCGCAUGAGCAGGAGGUGAACUGUGUGGAUUUCCAAGGUGGCCUCAUUGUCAGUGGCUCCCGGGACCGAACAGCGAAGGUUUGGUCCCUGUCCGCGGGCAGAGUUGGUCAGUGUCUACAUACAGUGCAGACAGAGGAUCGAGUGUGGUCCAUUGCUAUCAGCCCAUUAUUAAGCUCAUUUGUGACGGGGACAGCCUGCUGUGGACACACCUCACCUCUGAGAAUCUGGGACCUUGAGAGUGGUCAGCUGUUGACCUGUUUAGGGACCGACUUCCACCGUGGAGCUGGAGUCCUUGAUGUCUUCUAUGAAACACCCUCCCUUCUCCUUUCUUGUGGGUAUGACACCUACAUCCGCUACUGGGACAUACGGACCAGCACCAGGAAGUGCGUCCAGGAGUGGGAAGAGCCCCAUGACAGUGCCCUGUACUGCAUAAGGAGUGAUAAGAACCAUAUGAUUGCCAGUGGCUCUUCUUACUACGGCGUGGUGCGCCUCUGGGACAAGCGACAGACUCAGUGCCUGCAGAGCUUUCACCUGUCUUCACCCACCAGCAGCCCAGUAUACUGCCUCCGUUUCAGUACCACCCACCUAUAUGCUGCCCUGGCAUCAGCACUGCACGUCCUGGACUUCACAGCCCCCUGAGGAGCACCACAGCUGUUUCUGGUCACCCCAACGCAGCAGAGCUGACACUCGGCUCAGGGAAUUGCAGGGCAGGAGAGGUGAGAAUGGCCCACAAGGCUUCUGAAGGGACUUUUUUGCCUGCCAGAAAGCUACAAUGAAGACUGCACAAAAGGGUCAAACUUUCUCAACCUCACCUGCCUGUUAGUGGAAAUAAAUGGCCAACUGUCCUCUACCCUUUUUAUUUUGUGCAAGUUAGGGUUUGUUUUAUUAACUGUGUUACUUUUUUUCUUUUUUUACCCUCUUACUUUUCCUGUGGAUACAGUCUUUGGAGGGCAAGUUGAGCCAGAAUGCCCUAUCAGCUGUGUGCGCUGGUCAGGCUGAGAUCAGCCAAGCUCUGAGCCAUUUGAAGCAAGUCUAGGCUAUGUGUGGGGUGGACUGAUUUGGUGGAAGGGAAAGGUCCCUGGACUGGGGCCCACCUUUCUCGUGCACUUUCUCUCCUGACAGCUGCUUGUGUUGUCCUUCACAGCCAAGAGUAACAACUGAGCUAAAAGGCAGAGCCAGCCCUGCUUUCAGUGUGUGCCUCCCCAAGCUGGCUGUAAGGUCAGGCUGUGCACUUGGCAGGGCUGAAAUGGUCAUGUUUUGCUAAAUAAAACUGAAGGGAAACAAAA